AUCCACUCCGUGCACCUCACAACUACUCUCACCUCACAACUUACUUUGCUUCAUUGUUACUUCUCUCGGUCUUGUACUCCCUUGCUUGAGUAAUCUUACACACAUCUACCUCCUUUACCCAGACACCAACUUCCACGUCACAAUGGGCUCAGACAGGCGCAAGCAAUGGGCGAAGAAACGCGAGACGAGCGAGGCCAAGGUGCUGGCAGAGAGAGAAGCUAGCGCCGCAGCGCGCGAAUCAGAACCUCCCAUCCCAACGCCAGAUCCAUCCGCAGAUGACGAAAGCACAACAACGACGGAAAACACAACAACAUCCAAGGUGGACGAACUCAUGCAAACGUACCACAACAGCAAGAUGGGCGAGCAAAAAGACAAUGCUCUCGCCUACAUAUUGUAUGCUGCCGGGGACGAAAUGUGUGCAUACUCUUCCACGACCGACUGGAGACUACAACGUGUCAUUCGAGCCGUCACCGCUGUACUCGAAGACGUCAAUACAUUCACCACUACCGAGGAGAACGAAAGCCACCAUCUGCAGCGGCGGUUCCAGUCCAGAUCCGAAGGAAGCGCGCUGCCUCCCCAUGUCCAUAUCCACUCCGAGGUUGUCGGGGAAGCUUCGAAUAGUCCAGUCCUCCGUUGUCUGAACCAAUACCCAAAACUGGACAGCGAAUCCUACGCGUGGCAACCGUGGUAUCAGGGGCUCUACGGGGCGUAUCAUGAAGAUUGUGCGGCGGGCCUUGAUCCUACCAAUCACACCCAUGCUUUGGCGGCGUGGAAUGCAAUCUUGGACAAGCUGCCGCCACAUGUGUUGGUGACGCUCAUGAGCGAGAAACCCUUGGACCCGGAGCGGCCGGAUCCGAGUUUACUGUUGACUGCUUUGGACGAGUAUUCCGUUCCGGGAAUGUAAUUGAAGCUCAGGCGUCAUGCUUGAGUUUUCAUUUCGUCAGCUUCUGAGUGGUGAUGCAGGGACAGGUUGGAACGGCAUUGUUGAUUUCACUGCGAGGAAGGUUGUUGGGCUUUUGGUUUGGAGAGGAUUUUGUUUCUGGCUUUCUGGUUUGCCGAAUUUGUGGUUGAGGUCGAGAGUAUCUCUGAAACAGGCCAUCUGGUAUUGGGAGCAUUAACGACGAUGGUGGAUUUGACAUUCAACUUGAAGAUACCCGUCGCCAAAAUCAAACGGUGAUUCAAUGAUCUAAGGAGUAUGGAUGAGAAACAGCAACAACCAGCGAAACAGCGAUUAUUGAGAUUAGUCAAUAGUUUCACAGCAUCAUAGAAACCAUCUCCCAAGUAACAAGAUUGCCCCGGGAGAUUCAACGUGUCUUCCGAUUAAAC